UCAAAUUCCUUUUGAGUGAUUUCCAUGCCACAUCAUGUGGAGGGCUCAGACUCAGCUUUUUUUGCUUUCACCUCACCGCCUGAAGCACGUGAAAGAAUCAUCAUGUUCCAGUCUGAUAUGGCAGCGCCUUCUACAUCAGCAACAACCUCUUCACCCAGAAUGGGCCACCCUGGCUAAAAAGCAGCUGAAAGGCAAAAACCCAGAAGACCUAAUAUGGCAUACCCCAGAGGGGCUAUCCAUCAAGCCUUUGUAUUCCAGCAGGGAUACUAAGGAGUUACCUGAGGAACUUCCAGGAGUGAAGCCAUUCACACGGGGACCUUAUCCCACCAUGUAUACCUAUAGGCCUUGGACCAUCCGCCAAUAUGCUGGCUUUAGUACGGUGGAAGAAAGCAACAAGUUCUAUAAGGAUAAUAUUAAGGCUGGUCAACAGGGAUUAUCAGUUGCCUUUGAUCUGGCAACCCAUCGUGGCUAUGACUCAGACAACCCCCGUGUGCGUGGUGAUGUUGGCAUGGCUGGAGUUGCUAUUGACACUGUAGAAGACACCAAAAUUCUCUUUGAUGGAAUUCCUUUAGAAAAAAUGUCCGUUUCUAUGACUAUGAAUGGAGCAGUUAUUCCAGUUCUGGCAAAUUUUAUAGUAACUGGAGAAGAACAAGGUGUACCCAAAGAGAAACUUACUGGCACAAUCCAAAAUGACAUACUUAAAGAGUUCAUGGUCAGAAAUACCUACAUUUUUCCUCCAGAACCAUCUAUGAAAAUUAUUGCUGACAUCUUCCAGUAUACAGCAAAGCAUAUGCCAAAGUUUAAUUCCAUUUCAAUUAGUGGGUACCACAUGCAGGAAGCAGGGGCUGAUGCCAUUCUGGAACUGGCCUAUACUAUCGCAGAUGGAUUGGAGUAUUGUCGAACUGGACUCCAGGCUGGACUGACAAUUGAUGAAUUUGCACCAAGAUUGUCUUUCUUCUGGGGAAUUGGGAUGAACUUUUACAUGGAAAUAGCAAAGAUGAGAGCUGGAAGAAGACUGUGGGCUCACUUAAUAGAGCAGAUGUUUCAGCCUAAAAACUCUAAAUCUCUUCUUCUAAGAGCACACUGCCAGACAUCAGGAUGGUCGCUUACUGAACAGGAUCCUUAUAAUAACAUCAUUCGUACUGCAAUAGAAGCAAUGGCAGCAGUGUUUGGAGGGACUCAGUCUUUGCACACGAAUUCAUUUGAUGAAGCCUUGGGUUUGCCAACUGUCAAGAGUGCUCGAAUUGCCAGAAACACCCAGAUCAUCAUUCAAGAAGAGUCUGGGAUUCCCAAAGUAGCCGAUCCUUGGGGAGGUUCAUAUAUGAUGGAAUCUCUCACUAAUGAUGUGUAUGAUGCUGCCUUGAAGCUCAUAAAUGAAAUUGAAGAAAUGGGGGGAAUGGCCAAAGCUGUAGCUGAGGGGAUACCCAAACUAAAAAUUGAAGAAUGUGCUGCUCGAAGACAAGCUAGAAUAGAUUCUGGUUCUGAAGUUAUUGUUGGCGUAAAUAAGUACCAACUGGAGAAAGAGGAAUCUGUGGAAGUUUUGGCUAUUGAUAACACUUCAGUACGUAACAAACAGAUUGAAAAACUCAAGAAGGUCAAAUCCAGCAGGGAUCAAGCUUUGGCUGAACGGUGUCUGGCUGCACUCACGGCUUGUGCUGCCAGCGGAGAUGGAAAUAUUCUGGCCCUGGCUGUGGAUGCAGCUCGAGCGAGAUGUACAGUUGGAGAAAUCACAGAUGCCAUGAAAAAGGUCUAUGGUGAACAUAGAGCUAAUGAUCGGAUGGUGAGUGGAGCUUAUCGCCAGGAAUUUGGAGAAAGUAAAGAGAUAUCCUUUGCUAUCAAGAGGGUUCACAGCUUCAUGGAACGUGAAGGUCGCAGACCUCGUCUUCUUGUGGCAAAAAUGGGACAAGAUGGUCAUGACAGAGGAGCAAAAGUUAUUGCUACAGGCUUUGCUGAUCUUGGUUUUGAUGUCGACAUAGGCCCUCUUUUUCAGACACCUCGUGAAGUGGCGCAGCAGGCUGUGGAUGCAGACGUGCAUGCUGUGGGUGUGAGCACCUUAGCGGCUGGUCAUAAAACCUUAGUUCCUGAGCUCAUCAAAGAACUCGGUUCCCUUGGACGGCCAGAUAUUCUUGUCAUGUGUGGAGGCGUCAUACCACCACAGGAUUAUGAAUUUCUCUUUGAUGUUGGAGUUUCCAAUGUAUUUGGUCCUGGGACUCGAAUUCCAAAAGCUGCAGUUCAAGUGCUUGAUGAUAUUGAGAAGUGUUUGGAAAAGAAACAACAGUCAAUAUAAAACUCUGUAUUCAUUAUUUUUUUUCUUCAAGUAUUUAAAAAAUUCUGAUCAGUAAUAAGGAAAAGCCAUGUCUUCAGUUUAAUUCUGUACCUGAUAAACAUUUUUCCUGAAAACUUUACAUUAAAAUACCUGACUUGUGAAAUGUGGUCAUGCUAUAAGUACAUGUGCAUA